CGAAUAAGCAAAGAAAUUGCUGGCCAUGGCUUAUCAUACAAGUCAAGGGGAUGGAUUCGAUCAGAGUACCCCUUGGAGUGAGUGGACCUGGGAUCCCAACCACCGCUCUUGGUAUGUGUAUCGAAUAAAUGCCGAGGGGGCUCAGGAGUACAGUUACCAACAACCUGACAGAUCCGAGAAUCAAGCAGCUACGCCCAGAACACCCGGGUUGACUGAUCAGAGUGUUACAUCUGAUGAACAAUCUACACACUCUUCGCCGUCAAUUUCAACAAACCCCAAUGCCUAUACGACAUCCCAAGCCGAUAAUUAUAAUAAUCUUGGCCGUGAUGCAACUCCAAAGCCAUUGUACGCUUCUCCGGCCUCGGUCCAUGAUUACUACAAAUUUCCGGAUUCCAGCGUCCAAAACUAUGAUACAGCUUCUACCGAUCAUCCGAGCCCGACUUGGUCAUCCGAAUACCCUUCUUCGGGCAAUGCUACAUGGCAAUCAAACACAGACGUAGCUUCGCCAUCGAUUGACGCCACAGCACGUGCAUUUGAUGAUAUGUCAUUAGCAACGCCGCAUAUUCCGCCUACAGGAGCAUUUGAGCCUGGGGUGAGUCAGGCGAUUGUAAAUGCAAAGCAUAUCUUCAAAGCCCCAAACACCGGCAAUGCCGAAACUUUGGAUCCCAGGUAUACGGUCUAUAGUGGAUUUCGUCUACAAGACGACUUUUGGAAGGUGGGACGCGUGUUCAUGAUAUUGUGGACUGAGCCAGCACAGCCAAAGGUUCCUGCAAACGGAGGGACACGCAAUGGGUCCCACUUCAGCACUACGUUUCUUGGGCAACAAGCAUACAGUGAGAUUCGAAGUCCUAUACAAACAUACUCAGGGCAAGCGACACUCAAGCCCAACCUUCCAGCUCCUCGUCGACAUACAAUCAUACAUACAACACCACAGGCUCCAGAAGUGUACAGCUAUUCAGCCGAUGACGGUCAAAAAAUAUCCGAAAAUAUCGUCUUAGAUCCUAUUCAGGUCAAUAGCGAACGAAGCCAUGAACCCGAGGGUUUAUUGAAGUCGUUGAGUCGAUUAAACUACAGCAAGGUAUAUACCGUAGAGCAUUAUUUCUGUGUUUUAAAUAUUGGUAUGGUAGCCAGCAAUUCUAUUAGUACCUUUCUCUAUCAGUCGGGCUGGUCUCAAGGUGUCCAGCCAGUUGAAUCACAGCGUCCUCGUUCGAAUCUUCCAUCCAGAAGGACAUCCAGUCAUCCUUUCAGCAAUCAUCGGAACCGCCACUCUAAUAAGCAUAAGUAGGGAUAUCUUCGAUUGGUUUACACAAAGUCUUAUUCACAGUCAACUCGAUACGUUAAGCUGCUCCACACUCGAAAGUUUUUUCAUGCGCUGUAGGAAUAUUUUCUGGCGCCACGAAUCCCUUUUUUGUCUCUUUUCUUUAGUACCCAACGUUCGGCACAGCUCUCUUCUGUAACUGUGUCCACCUUAAAUAUCUUCUCUUGUCUCGUCUGUUCAUAUAUUACCGAUAACUCCCUAGAUUUGAUUUUUUUGGAGGUCGAGAGACGAGGCAUAUAUGAAACUUUCACCAAGUACUAGUACACAAUCUUCUUUACUGAAGCGGGGCAAGACCCUGUUGUUUGUUCACUCGUUUUGAUACAUCUUUCAUGACUAAUGACACCCAUUUUUUUUUGACGUGUUAGGCUCUGUUGUAAUAAGAACAGAGCGCGAUUCGACUCCACUGUCACUAAGUGGCACAU